AUGUCUUGGUUAAGAUCAGCUGUGUACAGAGCCGUGGAAGCCGGUGGAAACAAUAAUAUCACGCGCAGCGUCCGUAGCUACGCCGAUUCUGUUGUCAAUCAAGCUGGCCAAGCCGUUGCCGAUGAGACAUGUUUUGACUUGCAGGCAGCUAAGAAUCUACAGAGCUUUAAACAAGCAGUGAAAAGAUUAGAAGAAGUGUCUGUUUCUAAUAGAGGGCUAGAAAGGGUUCAGUUACUGAGAAGGUGGUUGGCUGCUCUUAAAGAGGUAGAACAACUAUCCAAUGGAAAUGCUGAUGCUAGUAGGAAAAGUUCAGAGCUUCAUAUUUCUGAUGAAUCAAAUGUUUCACCCAAAAAACCUACUUUGGUUUUAUAUUAUGACAUUGAUAUUGGGGUAGAGCCUGUGAAUUUUCGUGAUGUUUUCCUCCACAGUCGAGCUGUAGAAGGCAUGACACAAUCUAUAAUUCUUGAAAUGCCUAAUGAGGAAGAAAGCUCCCUUCUCCUGGAGAUAUUUGGGCUGUGUCUCACAGGAGGAAAGGAAGUCCAUAAAACAAUCCUUAGCUGCAUAAAAGAUUUGUCGAAAGCUUUCUCAAGCUAUGAAGAGGAAGUUUUGGUAAAGCGGGAAGAAUUUCUUCAGUAUGCUCAAAGUGCAAUUGGAGGAUUGAAAAUAAAUGCAGAAAUUUCCAGAAUAGAUUCUGAAGCCUCCAACAUACUGAAUAAUCUUGAUGGAUUGAAACUUCUGCAUGAGAGGUUAUCUGAAAAGCCUGUUGUGCUUGUAGAGGAUCCAAAACAAACACUUGAAAGAAUUCGGCUGUGUUCUAGGCUGGAGUCACUUUUACUUAAGAAGAAACAUUUGAAUUAUGGAGAAACCUAUGAGGUUCAUGCUAUGAAGGUAGAGAAAUUGAAGGUUCUAUCAGAGUCCUUGGCUAACUCAGCCUUGAAAGCCAAAAGCCGCAUUUCUGAACACAGCUCACAGAAAGAGGAAGCCAUGAACUUCCGUAAGGCCAAAUACAAGGAAGUUGUUGAAAUAGAAAAGGUACUGUGUGCAGAGAUAGGAGAACUUGAAAAGCAAAAAUACAAGCUUGAAAUGGAACUUAAGAAGGUUAAUGAUUCCGUGGCUGUUGCAUGUGCUCGACUCCGCAAUGCCAGGGAAGAAAAGCUGCAGUUUGAUGAAGCAAGCAAUCAGAUUGUGAAACAUUUUGAAACAAAGGCAGAUGAAGUAUCAAAGUCAAUUACUUGUUAUAGAACAGAAGCUGAUGUAUGCAUUGCAUUUAUCAAUUUCCUAGAAGAGACCUGGGGAUUCCAGGCCUCAUAUAUUGAGCACAAGAAAAAACAAGUAAAGUAUGUCUUUUUUAUAUUUCCUAUUUUCAGACUCUCCUAAAUCUGGCAUAUCCGGGAGUAAUUAUAGUCUUUAUAUUUUUCAAGUGAUGAAUUAGGAAGAUAUGAAGAUUACUUUCUCAACUUUGUGGCUAACCUCUUG